AUGGCUGCUCCACCACCAGUUCAACCACCCGCUCCUUUGCGUUUUGCCGACUUUUUCUUUCAAUGUGGGUUGAACCCCGAUGCCAAGCUAGCUGACAGACGAGUUUUGGAUGAUGGCUCUGUGGCGGGUGAGGUCGCGCAGAGAAAUGCAGAGGAGGAGCGACGGAGAGCACCCUCGGAUGGUGUCACGCCGAGCACGCCUAUGCCAUUACCCCAAGCGAAAUUGAAGAAGAAGCAUCACCCACUUGAAUGGAGAUAUGCCCCUGAAAUCCUGUGUCGGUACCCAAAGACGGACUAUUCCGAAAAGGAGCGAUUUCCUGCGUACCUUCCGAUGUUUUGCUUUCCGAACAACAUCCAACUUCACUUGGAAGACAAUGGGCCGCCGCCGGAAAAGUAUCAUUCAUUUAUCAUAACUGAGGAGACUGGAGCAAAGUGUUACGGUGUUUGUGUCACUGUUUACGAAAGGCUGCAAUCCCAACAUGCAGCUGAAUUAGAACAGAUAACACAGGAACUUCGUUCUGGCAGUUUGGGAUCUAGCGACCUGGAGUACAUUCAGCAUAUUCAAUCGCAGCUUGCGGAAAAUCAGGAGGCCCUUCUUCACGCGCGUCUUGGCAUCACAGGCAUCACAGAGCAACGCACAUCUAUCACUUCGGGAUCCGCUUCCAAGCCGGCCGCAACGCCCUCUACUCCUGACAGCGACAGUGUUACCACCGAACACACCAUUCAAGAUGCCGAAGAGAAGGUGAAGUUAUACCGGGAUUUGCUAGCGCCACUCAACACUCUCCUGGCGGAUGCAGAGAACGUAUAUAUACCGCGGACAAUUGGCGUUCUAAGUCAUUGGCCCUGGCAUGAUUUCUUGAAGGAUUGGCUUUGCGAGGUGCUGAGAGUUGUUCGAGGAGAGUAUGACGAAUGUCCGCACAGCAAGGCAGUGGCGCCAUUGGAGAGAUUUGUAGUGAACCUGAUACAUGAGAUACCCUUACCCCCUCCUGGAAAGUUGGAACUCUCGAUCCAUGUCGGGCAGCUCCAUCUGUUUUGCUCGCGACCCCCCGUGAACACAAUAUCUGUCCUCAAGAAUUUUUCCCUGUAUCCCAUGUUUCGCGCCCUCUCCGUCGCCAACAUCAUUACUAUCUUUGAACUCGCCCUCGCUGAGCGAAAAAUCAUCUUUCUCUCAUCCCACUUGUCCAUGCUAACGCUCGCCGCGGAAACUCUAUGCCUAUUCUUUUUCCCGCUGUUUUGGCAGCACAUUUUGAUUCCGAUUCUUCCAGCGCGCUUGUUGAGUUACCUUCAGGCGCCGAUGCCGUAUAUUGUUGGCGUUCAAAGGGAGUACUUUACACCCGAUGUACAGGAUGAAUGGAAACCACCAGAUGCCCAUGUGAUUGACCUGGACAACGACAUUGUGACUGUGGCAGAUCCACCACCCAGUCUUCCCGCACGCGAGCGCAAGAAAUUAACAAUGCGACUGGAAAAAGCUACCGGCACCUUUCAACCUAUUUCGCCACAUCAUAAGCCACCACUUGCCGAAAGAUCCCCACGGGCCGAUCGUGGCGUCCCUCUUACCGUCCAGUACGCUCUCCCCCUUGGGAAACACGUUCCCACUUCUUGUGAAUCCGCUCGCCGACGUCAAGAGGUGCCGGAUGGUUCGUCUCGGACCCGCGCAGCUUCCGAAACUUUGACAUCUACCCGGAAUCGAGGAACGUCCUUUCAAUUUCCACACUCCCCAUCCAACAACGGAAUCACUGGUGCAUGGCUGGAGAAGCUGAAUCGACACUUUAGUGCCACGUCGGGCUUGACUGCUGGGCAGUUUGCAACAUCUAAUUUUUCCCUCUCGAGUGGCUCGUCGACUGAUGAGCGGCUUACCGGCGGCGGCGGAUCAUGGUGGCAUCUGGGCCGAGAGGAGAGUUCCGCUGGGCUUGGGGACGAGAAAAGAAGAUCAGUGGAUGUUGACAGUUUGUAUUUGAGGGCAAGUUCAACAAGAUCGUCAACAGAUGAGCAUGACGGGAGUUCAGCAGGAAGUCCUGAGAGGCCUUCGCCAACGUCAUCUGAUGCGGGGGCGCUGCCGCGAUUGCGAGCACCAUUCUUUGCAAGAUCGGGCUCCAGGCCUGAUGACAAGCCACUGAAACAGGUCCCUUCAAGUAGUAGCAUUUCUUCCAUGUUCAGCAGCUUCGCGCAUGCCACUCCUGCUCGCAAGACCCCACGUCCCUCGACAGGAGGUCACCCACACCGGCUCUCGUUGUCUGCAUCUUCAACCACAUCAACCGCCACUACCAGCUCUGCCUAUUUUGCGCAAUACAUGCCACCGGCCAUGGAAGAUGUUGCACCGACAAAGCAGGGGAUAAAUUUGCGACGAAAGGAAGGCCACCUAUUUUACGCAGUCACCGUUAUAUCGCCGUGGUCGGGAAGAGAUGUUGAUGAUAUUGUUGGUAGUAACGAUGUCCUCCACAGUCAAUCCAGCACAUCUAUUCGUGAUGAGAACGAUGAUGAGGAUGACGACCGACCUCUUUCGACAUACACUGCUUCCGCGCCAAACCCUCCAUCUUCAAAAGUUGCAGGACUAGGACGCAAGGGAUCCGAACUAAAGCGUCCUUCGCGUCGGUUUUCUUUGAAGCGAGGUGCGAGUCGAUCAAAGAGUGUGGAUAUGAUGAACGGUGAGCAGCCAUCACUAGAACACCAGGCAGGUACUGGAAGUCGGCGACGAUCAUCGGGAUCCACCGGGAUCGAUCCAUCUCUCCCCGUUGUCACAUUGGAGCUGGGUGCAGUGUGUAGAUGCUGCCGCGAAGACUUGGUGGAUCAGGAGGAUGCAACCGUUCUUCAAUGUGAUGUUUGCAAUACACGAAUACAUACAGGAUGUCUCCCACUCACUGAAUCACACCCCUGCUCUGCCACCUUCGAUGAACGCAAGAUUCAACUUGCAUUUCUCAAAGUCUUCACGUCCCUUCUACGAAAUUAUCGACAGCAUCUAGCCUCCGCGGAAGAGCUACGAGGAAAUGUGACACCAUUGAGCGGUGCUAGUCGUAGUGCUAGCCAAGAAAGCUUCAAGGCGUUAGAUAUGGAGAUGCUGCAGGAGCAAUGGUUUCGGAAGGACGAGUUUCUGGCGACAUGUGACAAGGAAGCAAAGCCUUUCAUGACUCAGUUUGUGGAAACUCAAGCUUUUGCCCAGUUCACCCUGGACCGGGUGGAACGUCCCGAAAGCGAUUAUGAAGUGCUAUUCUUCGAUGAGUGCAUUAAAGAAAAGCGUAAUCGAUCAAAAUUGCGAAUCGGAAAGGAGAGCACUCCUUUCUUGACGGAGACCGCCUACGAUAUUCGCACCACGAUUACUUGUUUUGGAGUUUCAAUAGACGGGCUGGAAUCUCGGAAAUCCUUCUCCUCAAAUACUAUACCAAUACAUCUUGACGAAAAGCUCCUGGGCACCCCACGCCAUGUUCAGCCGCUAAUUACUCAGUCCGAUCACAAAAUGAUGCGAUCGAUGACCAACGAACUGGUGCAAAGAGCUAGAAUAGCUACCACGAUGCGCCGAAAGCAGGACUUUAGCAAAUGGAUGCGGACAAAGUGGAAGCACUUCCAAAAAAUGGGAGGUGGUGAGGUGGUGUCACUAGGGUUCCUCCCUGACGAGCAGAGACGUGAACUUUUUGAAGAGCGCAUGCAUCAAGUGACAUCUGUCAUUGAUCGCUUCGAGCAACGUCAUCUGUCUAGCCAGACGCCUUCUCAAGUUCACCAAGCGCUUGAGGAGCUUCAUGCUCAAAACUUGGUCCUCAUGCGUGCCGCCGAUGAAGAGCAGCUAGUGGACGCAGAAGACCAAGAGGACCUCCAGGGUGUUUAUGGGCGCCUGUUCAGGGUGAUCACCAUUUACGAAGACUUUUUGGCAACGUUAGGGAGCGCCGCAGCCAAUGGCACGACGGAAGUUCCGGGGACAGAGGUACAGGACGGAAAGUACAAACUUCGAGUUUCUAUUGGUCCCGAAUUUGGAAGUGUAUCCGACUGGUUGGCCACCACGGUAAUCGGAUAUGAGGGCGAAGGUGAAGGGAACACGGUAGAUAGAGACCAUGAAAAUGACCAAGUUGCUGGAUACCGACAAGAGGCGGGGGUGGAUGCGAAGCAGUCAAACGAUACUAUCAAUCGUGAAGCGUUUCAGCCAGCCAAUGUGGAUAAACCUCACGCACUGGUGGAUGGGCCUGCUGCAGAAACCAAAUCCCUCAAUACCGAAACGGGGACGGAAGCAUCUCUUGCGGAAAGCAAUUAUCCAGGGCGGCUUGCGCCUAGCCGAAAAUCUGAUGCCUCAAUGUGAUGACUACUGUAUUGGUGUUUAGUGUUUUAUAUUUGGGAUUGUAAAAUAUAUAUGUGAUUGCAAAAUCCGCUGUUACCAGUAUACAUU